GCAUCUGAAGGCCUUCGAUGAUGAAGUCAACGCCUUUUUGGACAAUAUGUUUGGACCUCGAGAUGCUCGAGUCAGAGGGUGGUUCAUGCUGGACUCCUACCUUCCUACCUUUUUUCUCACUGUCAUAUAUCUGCUUUCAAUAUGGCUGGGUAAUAAAUAUAUGAAGAACAGACCUGCUCUUUCUCUCAGGGGAACCCUCACGUUGUAUAACCUCGGAAUCACACUGCUCUCUGCAUAUAUGCUGGUGGAGCUCAUUCUGUCCAGCUGGGGAGGUGGCUACAACCUCCAGUGCCAGAAUCUUGACAGCGCGGGAGACGCUGAUGUCCGGGUAGCCGCAGUGUUAUGGUGGUACUACUUCUCUAAAUUGGUAGAAUUCCUGGACACAAUUUUCUUCGUUUUACGAAAAAAGACGAGUCAGAUUACUUUUCUCCAUGUCUACCAUCACGCCUCCAUGUUCAACAUCUGGUGGUGCGUUCUGAACUGGAUUCCCUGUGGACAAAGCUUUUUCGGGCCAACACUGAACAGUUUCAUCCACAUCCUCAUGUACUCCUACUACGGGCUCUCGGUGUUCCCGUCGAUGCACAAGUACCUCUGGUGGAAGAAAUACCUCACGCAGGCCCAGCUGGUGCAGUUCCUGCUCACCAUUACGCACACGCUGAGUGCCGUUGUGAAGCCCUGCGGCUUCCCCUUUGGCUGCCUCAUCUUCCAGUCCUCUUACAUGAUGACCCUGGUCAUCCUGUUCUUAAAUUUUUACUUCCAGACAUACCGGAAAAAGCCAGUAAAGAAAGAUACGAAACAGCCUGCUGUGGAGAAAGAAGUCAGGAACGGGCUGUCCAGAGCCCACUUGGCUGCAGCGAAUGGCAUGAUGGACAAGAAAGCACAAUAAAAACAGCGCAAUGGAGAAUGCAAACACAGUGCACUAGCCUGGCAGAUUCGCUGGUUUUAAAGCAAAGACUAAAUUGAAAGUUGUAUGUUUUAGCACAAACUAAUUUCUUUUUGUUUAUAAAUCAUUUGUACCCAGAAUGUAUUACUGUAUUGCCAUUAGGUUACUCUGUUAACUGAAUGCUUUGGUCAGCUCUGAAUGAGGCUAGACUCGGAAGACUCAGAACAGGUGCAUCUUCCCCUCCAUCCUCCCGCGCUCCCGCACAGGAGCCCACCCAGAAGCCGACUCUAUACGCCCUAUACACAUGCGCAGCCAGGAACACAGGGCACCGCUGUUUCAUGGGAGGGCUCCAGGUCCUCAGACUAAAGUGUGUACAACAAAACGUUAAUGAGACUGUAAACAGGGUAUGUUCUAGUCUAUGUUAAGCAAUAAUUACUGGUGCAUUAUACUGCUUUUGUUUCUAAGUAAUAUUAGAAUCAACCCUAGAAAAUAUUAAAAUAGGAUCAUAAACAGAAAACAGAAAUCUAGCAAAACCUUUCUCCUUCAACCCAGUAUUGUCAGAUUUUUAAAGCCACUUCUAAUUCCAAACUUUUAAUGAUACAGUAAUAAAAUUUUAGUUACUAUAAGAAGAAAAAUUUCUGCCAAAUCCUCACAACUCAGGGGCUUUGGAUAGGAGUCAUUCCUUGAUUUUAAUUUGGUCUCAAUUAUUCUCCUAUUCCUGCCUAGCUCCCAUGAUAGUGAGCCUAGGUUAAUAAAGAUGUGCUUCAUACUAAAACCCGUGUUGCUAUCUGGCUGCCUGCCCGUUUCCAUUCAGAAUAAGGAUGCAGUCCAGGCAUCCCUUUCCUUUAGGGUGUGUGUGCAACUGGGAUAUUAUAAAUCAGAAUGAGCAACAAUGUGGGCAGAAUAAACACUGGAUUCAUCAACU